AUGGAGAGGAAUGAGAAGAAAACUGAUUCCAUAGAAGCUUCAAUAAAGCGAUUGGAAAUUCAAAUUGGGCAAAUUGCUGAAGCGGUACAAGAAAAUAGGAAAGGAAAAUUGCAAAGUCAACUUGAGCAAGCUAAAGCAAUCAUUGUUCUUAAGGAUGGUGAGUUAUUUGAUAAUAAUGUUGAAAAUCUAAUUGAAAAAGAUUCUUCUUAUGCAGGUACAUCAAAAGAAGGUGGACUAGUUGAUGUAGAGAUAACUGAAGGAGAUUUACAAAAAGAAGGAAGAAUAGAGCCUAAUUUUGAUCAGAAAGAGAAAGACAAUGAGGCGUUUUCAGGCCCUGAGUUUCAUAAGGCAACUGAGCCUUAUAAGCCUCAUAUUUCUUUCCCUAACAGAUUGAAAGAAAGCAAACAGGAUAAGCAAUUUUCUGAAAUUUUUGAUAUGCUUUCUAAAGUUAACAUUAAUUUGCCCUUGUUGGAACUGAAUUCUAACAAGAGGAGAUAUGGGAACAAUGAAAAAGUUAUGGUGUCUGAAACAGUAAGUGCAGUUCUCCAAUAA